AUGCGGAUCCAUCCUGAGAUAUUCUAUAAUUUGCCCGAACAGCACUUACCUGCCCUCGAGACAUUCUGGAAGCUAUGUGGGGAAGGAGGACUUCUGGCCCGACCAGAGGGUCUGUCAAAAAAUGAGACACAGGAAGGACUAAAUGAUGAAGUCACUCUCUUGUCUGUCCCUAUUUCCCAACGCAGUAUUGCUUUGUUCGCUGGCGAAGAUUCUAAUUCGAAGCUAGACGGUACCUCCGGGCCGGACGUUACGAUCCCCAUCAAUCCCUGA